GCAUGCCUGCCCUGCUGGUGUUCCCUGUGUUGUUACCUGCACACAGGUGCUGGCGGCCCUGCUGCAGUGGGGGUCAGCCGCUGGAAUAGCUCACAGCGGGGCAGACGAGGAUGUGCUGUCGGUGUCACGGCUGUGUCAUGGUUUCCACCGCCCCGCUGACCUGCGGGCUCCGGAGCGGCCCGACAUCACCUACUGGUCAUUCUUAAAACGAGUCACUUGCUAACAAACCAUCUCUAAACAGAAAAUCUGCUCUGGGCUGAUGGCCUGUGGCCGGACCAUCUUCAACCCGCCCUCAGCAAGGUUUGGGAAAGGAACAAGGGUGUUGAGCAGCUCACCUGCCCAGGGGAGGGUUCCCCCAAGCCAGCGGCCCCAGGGAGCUGUGCUGCACGUCCUGUUUGUCUCUUGUGACAUUUGCAUUUUGUUCUUUGCUUUAGGACUGCUGGACCGUGCACUGCUACACAGAUGUCCCAUCAAGUUAGCUCAGCUAUGCUUGGGUUUGGGCUGUUUCUGUGCAGGGAAGUGAAAUUGGUGAGCCUUUUGUGCAGAAAGUGCAGAAAUUCGCUAGAAGCAGAAGUUUCUGCUUUUGGCUUUGUGGUUACCACACUGUUUGGAAGGGGUGCAGAAUCCGAGUUGAACAGGACUCCCCACAAUUAGUGCAGAGAGUGGGGUUUGGCCUGGACAGAGUAGGAGUGCUGUUCUGGGCUCCUGCUUUGGUGGGUUGGAGGUGUCAUCACUAAGCAGCACUGCUCAUCCACACCCUUCCCGGGAAUGUUGGUAGCAGGUGUAAGCAAGGUCCCAGGCUGUUGCCAGCUGGCUCACUCUCCUGGAUAGCAGGUUCAGGUGCAUGUUCUAUCCUUAAAUCAGAUUGCAGAGUGUGUGAGUAGGCAGGCCAAGCAGAUCACAGCUAUCAAUGUGCCCUGGAUUGAGGGGAGGCACAGAGUGCACAGCCUGUGCAGUCAUGUCAGAGCCCCUUCAGUUUAUUCUGUUCUUAUUUUGGGUGUAGCAUCUACAUGGUACUGGCUCUGCCCUGUCCAGGUGUGGGCUCUGUUCCAUUUCACUUAGGGCAAGGGAAACUCCUUGGUGCUUUGUUCUUGCCUGUUUUACUCCAGCUAUCAGUAUGGCUCUUGCAGCUUCCUAGAGCUCUGCUAUUGUUCUUCCAUCCUGGAUCAGCAUCACAAACAAAGACACCGAGGGCAGCUCUGGCAACCUGGAUGACUGAUGUUUGUUUUUUAGUGACUGUUACACUGGAGGAAAGUGUUCCCUGGACACUCCCAGAGACAAUUGUAUCACCAGAGCAGAUUGCCUUGGGACACCCCCCCCGUCCUGCUGCAAUGAGUGGGAAGUCCUUGCUCCUGAAGGUCAUUCUCCUCGGGGAUGGUGGAGUUGGGAAGAGCUCCCUCAUGAACCGCUACGUCACCAACAAGUUUGACUCGCAGGCGUUCCACACGAUCGGGGUGGAGUUCCUAAACCGGGACCUGGAGGUGGACGGGCGUUUUGUGACCCUCCAGAUCUGGGACACGGCGGGACAGGAGCGGUUCAAGAGCCUGCGGACGCCCUUUUACCGGGGGGCAGAUUGCUGCCUGCUGACCUUCAGCGUGGACGACCGGCAGAGCUUCGAGAACCUCAGUAACUGGCAGAAGGAGUUUGUCUAUUACGCUGACGUGAAGGACCCCGAACACUUCCCAUUUGUAGUCCUGGGCAACAAAAUAGACAAACUGGAGAGACAGGUGAGCACGGAGGAGGCCCGGGCCUGGUGCAUGGAGAAUGGUAACUAUCCGUACCUGGAGACUAGUGCCAAGGACGACACCAAUGUGACAGUGGCCUUUGAGGAAGCUGUGCGACAGGUGCUGGCGGUGGAGGAGCAGCUGGAGCACUGCAUGCUGGGCCACACCAUUGACCUGCACUCCAGCUCCAAAUCGGGGUCUUCCUGUUGUUAAGAGUGGCUGCUGCUUCGGGAACACUGCUGGAGCCAGCGGCUGGAUGGGAACACGCGUGGGCAGCCCUGGGGCACUCUGAGGAGAGUGGCCACGAGGACAAUAAGUGGUUUGUGCUCACUGGGGAGUUGCAGCCUCACCGUCUGAAUCCUGCCUGGAGUUCUCAGGCACAGAGCAUGUAUCCGCAGGAGGGAGCUGUUUAACAGAGCAUGUGAGCGUAGUCUUGCUUCCAUCUCUGCCUGUUUUAGCAGGUUUAAAGGACUGGGUUAAAGUCCUUUAAAUUCACUAAAGACAGUAGUGAUCUGUUCUGUACCAAGAACUGCCUGCAGAGCAAAGCUGAGAGCACUCUGAAGUAUUUUAUUCCUGAACUCAAAAAAAAUACUAGACCCACUCAUGACCAUACUGCCAAAGGAAAGCCUGCUCAGCAUCCUGAAAAACCUUGUUGUAAAGACUCUGGCCCAUGUGACUGUGAAAAAGCCAAAUACUGGAGAGGCUGGGGUGUGUGUAUCUGUUGUUUGGGAUAAGUGCAUUGUGUCCUGAGACUGACUUGUGAUGAGAAUUGUUAGAGCUCUGAUCUGGAGCAAUAUAUGAAGGAGAGAUGGGCCUGUGUUUGAAUGUGACAGCAUUGUUUCUUUGUAGCUGCCUAUUUCUGGUCUGUUUUUCCUCACCUUUUUUUGUCUUGUGUGAGUGUUAUUUUUUGUUAUUUAUGUCUGUUGUUGUUUAAUAUAUGUUUCCUUGUCUCUUGUGGAGGCUCAACA